AUGUCGAAUUCAUCAAGCUUGAGAAUAGUUGACAAACUAACCAUCACCUUUCUCGUCGAUAAUCACAUUGAAUGGUUCACUAGAUUCCCCCCUGGAUUCACCCAUGAACUUCCGCAACAUCUGCAAGAACACCACUGCGCGAUCGAUCCAGCAACUGAUACGCCUAUGGCUGAUUUUGACAAGUUUUGUUGUGGUGCCCAUGGAUUUUCUGCUCUUAUCGAGACUGAAAUCACAGGAGAACCCUCCCGCUUGAUCCUCUUCGACACAGGUCCCGAUAACAUCUCCCUAGUCCGUAAUAUUGGUGCAAUGCGAGUGCCAUUGCACAAAGUAGAACGUAUCAUUGCUUCCCAUUGGCACGCUGACCAUACCGGAGUGCCGGCUAAGCCCUGCGUGGCCGACGUCCAUCCAAACAGACCGUUCGCUAGAGGAAUUGCCCCUGGACCUCGUUACGAUAAAGUCAUUGUUCGCCUUCCUCCUGACCCGACUUUUGAACAGAUCGAAGCUGCUGGAGCGACUGUUGAGAAACAUGCAGAGGGUCAUCUUGUUGCGGGUGAUAUGGUUUGGGUAAGCGGUGAGAUUCCGCGAGUGACCUCGUUUGAAACAGGACUGCCUGGGGCGAAACGCUUCGAACAAGGGGUUUGGACUGACGAGCUCCAUAUCAUGGACGAGCGAUACGCAGCGAUAGAUGUUGCCGGGAAGGGGUUGAUUAUUUUCAGCGCAUGCUCUCAUGCAGGUAUCGUGAACGUGGUUAAGGACGCGAUAGCAAAGCUCUCAAGGCCGGUGUAUAUGAUUGUCGGUGGGCUCCACCUAGCUGGAGACUCAAUGGCUCCUCGAAUACAACCCACAAUCGAAUGGCUUUCAAAAAGCCUACGCCCAUCGCCAACCUACAUUCUCCCAAUGCAUUGCACUGGAUUUGACGCCAAGGUUGCGUUAGAAAAAGCUUUCGGGGAAGGUGCUGUUCCCGCCGGUGUAGGAAUCAAGGUGGAAAUUGUGGCUGAUAGAGAACAUGACAAGCGGCUUGCCCCACCUGUGAUUCAGGAGUAA